AUGAGAAGAACAGAAGAUGCAUUCGACGGAGGUUACCUAUCUAGCUCAGAUGCAAGGUGUUCAUAUUAUGUUGCUGAGGCAAGUAGUCUCAGAUCCACUCUAUACCUGCAAAUUCUGCAGCAAGCAGCUAAGGGCCUGUUGAGCCAAGUUCAUCUGGAGGAAGAUGCCCAGUUUGGGAAUUUGAGUCUAGGAGACUAUGAUGAGGAUAUGGUGGUCCCUUAUGAUAGAAUGGAGCGGGACGCACUACGGGGGGAGCUGACUCAAGAAAUAAUGAAGCAAGCAGCUAAGGGCCUGUUGAGCCAAGUUCAUCUGGAGGAAGAUGCCCAGUUUGGGAAUUUGAGUCUAGGAGACUAUGAUGAGGAUAUGGUGGUCCCUUAUGAUAGAAUGGAGCGGGACGCACUACGGGGGGAGCUGACUCAAGAACUAAUGAAGAAACAUCCCAACAUUUUUUUACAAAUCAUGAGUAUGACAGGCAAAGACAUGAGAGUUCCUUUGGGGCACCACAAUAUUAAAGACUUACAAAAAAUGCUACACAGUCACUUGGAAGCCGCCAGGUUAAACAUGAGAAGAACAGAAGAUGCAUUCGACGGAGGUUACCUAUCAAGCUCAGAUGCAAGGUGUUCAUAUUAUGUUGCUGAGGCAAGUAGUCUCAGAUCCACUCUAUACCUGCAAAUUCUGCAGCAAGCAGCUGAGGGCCUGUUGAGCCAAGUUCAUCUGGAGGAAGACGCCCAGUUGGGGAACUUGAGUCUAGGAGACUAUGAUGAGGAUAUGGUGGUCCCUUAUGAUAGAAUGGAGCGGGACGCACUACGGGGGGAGCUGACUCAAGAACUAAUGAAGGUAAGGGCAUGUUUGGGGGAAAUUGAAGAACUUCAAUUUGAGGGCAUCAUAAAUCUGGAAUGUGCAAAUGUGAGCUUCAAUAAGCUCAUAAUUCGCGAGAACAAGAUUUGGACCUUCCUACAACUGAUUUCAAUGACAAGCGAUAAACUUGACCAGUGAUUUAUUCUCCUUGUGCAUUCGCUCAACUCCAUUUGCUUAAAAAGAAAAAGUCAUUGGUCAUAUAGCAAGGGAUAGAAUUUCUUUAUUAUAUUUCGUUUAUAGAAAAAUUUAAUUCCACACUUCAGCAUUUUAUCACGAAUAUCUUGAAGGGACCAAUAAAUUUCUAAAAUAAUCAGUAAUGGUCAAUUAAAGAUUGGAGGCUAAGGACCUUAACCAUUCAUAUGGUCCAUUGUCAUGAUUUGAAGUGAGGUAGAGAGAUAGGAAACGUUUGAUAUUGGGUAUUGAGGAGGCAAUUAAUUUUCAAGUUUGCUUGUUACAAAAUCUUGGCAACAUUUUGACACAAAGAUGCUGCAACUUUACGCAACAUUGAACAUAAAGCACUUUACUUAUUAAUAUAGUCCAUAUUGAGCACCUCAUUUCGUCG